AUGUCGUAUAGUUUUUUAAAGGCAAAUCGGCGAUUGUACUAUGUGCGCACUCGAGCAUCGCCGGAUGACUCACAAAUCUGGAGUUGUUCGCUGUAUGAUCGUGAAUCGUGCCAUGCUGUCGCCAGCAAAGUUAACGCCUUCUAUCUUGACGUUUUCAGUGUUGGACGAUCACCAAAUCCUUGCGCAACAAAUAAUGGCGGCUGCUCGCACAUCUGCGUUCUGAUUCCUGGUGCUCCAUGGCGAUCCUGGAUCGAGCGUUUACUUUACGUGGCGACAACAUCCGGCCUAAUUUAUAUAUCUUUGGAUACAGUACAUCAUACACCAAUGCCAUUUUCAAAUGCUGCUCCCGAGAUACGUGAUACAAAAAUUGUUCACGUUGAUUUCGAUCCAGUUGAUCGGAAGCUGUUUUUGAUUGAUGGUGAUAUGGGUGUGAUCCGAAAGUGUAAUCCAGAUGGAACAGAAAUGGAGAUUUUUAUUGAGGAUUCCGUAAAUUUGGUUUCGGAAGCUUUGGCUGUAGAUUGGUUGAAUCGUAAUCUCUAUUGGUUGGAUAGUAACGUUGCGCAAAUCAAGAUGCAAAGCUUGUCGGGCAAAGGUCGACAGAUUGUAAUAUCGCACGGUUUAAAGCAGCCUCGUGGUUUAGCGGUUGAUGCAGACGGUGGUUAUAUAUAUUUUUCGGAUUGGCACGAAAGCACAAGUCGUAUCGAAAAAGCCUGGCUGGACGGCUCACACAGACAAGUGGUUGUUUCAUUGGAAAAAGAUGCUUGGCCGAAUGGGAUUGCAGUUGAUAGCAGACAGAAACGACUGUACUGGGCGGAAGGAAGCCGAUCACUGAUUAAGUCGGCAGCUCUAAAUGGGAAUUUGGAUGUUCAGAUAUUUUCUGAAAGUGUAAAUCAUCCUUACUCGCUUUCCAUUUUGGGCAAUACAUUGUAUUGCAAUUCGUUAUACGGGCGAAAAAUUUCCGCUUUUCGAGUGCCGCAACAAAAUGAAACGUUCCCCAGUGAACGACUGUCAGUAGUGUCGGACGCGGUCAUAUUUGGUCAGAUGGGUAUUCGUGCGGUCAGUUUAAAUCAGAUUCCGGAAGGCAGUUCUCCGUGUCAGACUAAUAAUGGUGGAUGCUCGCACAUAUGUGUCAAACUGUAG